AUCCAUGUUUCCUUUUGAAUCACAACAUCGAAGCCGGGAAAAUAGCAACCCUUGUCUCUGACCCGAGUCCCUCCCUCCUUAUAUAGCGCAAUCACCGCAAUCUCUCUCACUUCGCCGAUCCCUUUCCUACGAUCCCUCUUCCCAAACCCGUCGUUACUCCCUAAACUGCAUCUUCUACACCUAUCUUUGGAGAAGAGAGAGAUAGAGAUGAAGAAGGGAGAAGAGAUAGGGCAGCGGUUGGAGGACACUGUGCUGACCAAAGUGUUCGUAGGUGGGCUGGCUUGGGAGACGAACAAGGACACCCUCAAGGCUCACUUUGACAAGUACGGUGAGAUCAUUGAAGCCGUCAUCAUCUUCGACAAGGUUACCGGCCGAUCAAAGGGCUAUGGUUUCGUGACAUUUAAGGAAGCUGAAGCAGCGAAGAAGGCAUGCGAGGACGCCACGCCGGUUAUCAACGGCCGCCGGGCCAAUUGCAACCUGGCAUCGCUCGGAGCCCGCCGCACCAAGUCCUCUCCUCCUGCCACCCCAGCCAUCCCCUCCCACCGGCAAGGAUCGAGGUGUGUGUCAAUGGGACCGCCGGCACGGUGGUACUACUCAUUGGGAACGCCACCGCCACCAUCUCCGUUCCACCACUUCCACGGUUUCUCUCCCUCCUCCUCCGCUGCCUGCGGGUAUCCACCCUCAUACGUGGCAAGCAUGGGCUACAACCUGAAGCUAGGCCACUCGGCCGGGAGGGGCCCCUACUUGCAGGGACAGUUCCAACAACCAGCAUACCCUGGGCAAGGAGGCAUGGUGGCUCCAACUGCAGUCAUGCCCAUGUACCCACUGUAUCACUUCCAAUACCAUCAGCACCAACAAUUACAGGCCAUGGGAGUUCCCACCCACCACCAAAUCUUUCCUAGUAUGCAAGCAGCCGGCCCAGUAUCCACCACCAUAUCCAAGGCCACUGCAGUGCCUCCAACUGAAGUAGAACAAGUCACAAGUUGCAGCUGAAAGUUUUUAGAACAAGAGCCUUAGGUUGCAGAUGACAUCUGUUGAAGCGCUGUACUUUAGCCCCUGGUUCUACUGGAUUCAUCUAUUUUCUCUUACCUGCAUCACAGAAAUGCAGAAGUGCAACAAAAGAAACUUUGUUCUGCUUAUAGAAAUAUCUACUACAUGCUUCAGUGAACCAUUGCAAGAAUCUGUACAUGCUCAAACGAUCACAUUCUUCUACUAUAAAGUUGCAGCUUUUGCCUCUUAACU